UCCCUCCCUCCCUCGCUCACUCGCUCGCUCUCCCUCUCUGCCUCAGUCAGUGUAGCGGACACACAUUGCACAGUCACACUCUCUCGCUCUCUGCACCAAAAGCCACAAAUCACACACUCACUUCUCACAGGAAAGAAGAGGAUGAGAGGCUGAGGUAAAAAGAGAGAGUGCAACAGAAACAGAUGAUUGGAGGUAAAAAAAGCAACCUUUUGGAAAGGACAGGAGUAUUACAAGAGCAACUGUUUUCUCUACAAAAGAUCUGCGAGGCUACACGAAUGUCUUUUCCUCCUGUCAUCCGUCUUAGUACCUGUGUGCUGGAUUAAAAUGACUUAAGCUACUAAGAGCAGAAUCUGCUGGAGAGAGCAGGACAGUCGAAAUCAAACUGGUCUCUCCUCUGGAGGAACACAGAGCGGUUCUGCUGGUCAGAGAGACGGGGAGUGCGUGCGAGAGGGAGAAGGAAGCAUCUUUUUGAGGGAAACAGUGCCGGUCUCACAGGAGAAGAUGAUGACACACAGGCUGCCCAAGCAACAAAACUAGUUUGCCGGAGGCCCACCCUCUCCCUCCUAGCAUCCCCCCCCGCCCCCGCCCCCCCAUCACCAUCUCCAUCAGCCUCCCGUCCCUAUCCAUGCCUCCGACGCUGGCGAGCCCGAUCCGGCUGUUUCCGCGGCGACGCUGUCACCCCUGCUCUUCCUGGGAUCGUUGUCCAGGCGCCCUCCUCGGCUCCUCAGGAAGGGGAGGGGGUGAAUGAGAAGCCAGGCAGAUGAGACAGAGUUUGGGGAUUGGCUGGGCGAUGGAGAGGACCGGCAGCAGAUCGUACUCUUUGAUCUCCAGAACGUAAGUGGGCAGAACAAAAGGGAUGAACAGGGGCGAGGGACCAGCGUCGGCCGUCGGAGCGAAGCGGAGCGCGUGAAAGAAGGAGCGCGGCGAAUCCGGGGCACAUGAACGGAGCUGGAAGGGAGGGAGACGAGAAGAGGACAGAAAAGAUGCGGAAAAUAUCGCGCCUGAGAGGGGAGUGCCACGCGGCGGGAUUCGACGCCCGCUCCCCAGCACCGUGACUGUGACAGAGGGCACGCCGUGUUCACGUGAACGUCUCCACAGUUAGGGCAGGCGAAGAGCGACCGGUCCUUGCUGCUUAAAUGUGAAAAAAGCCCAGCUUAAAGCACAACUUUCCAUCGCAGUUUUCCAUUGGCAAACUGUUUUUAAAAAGGGAAAAAAUCUUUCGCCCUGCAGAAAAAAAAAAGACACUUAUAAAAUCCUCAACGUCACCCCAGCCAAAAUAGCAGGUUUUCAUGUUUCUGUGAAACUGGAAUCUUCAAUGAUUUGGGGUGGAUCUAAACAUGCACCCCUUUCCCCUGACUGAAAUGCAGAGCUGAUUCCAACCCUGGCCUCACACAGACACUGAAGGUCUGUGGAUAACCCCCUUCUACCAUGCCACACACCCCACCCCAGCACCCCUCCCGGAAAUUACACCCGUCCCUUACACAACAACAGAACCUCUCCAAAAAAACACAGCAGCAACACACCUCCGUGGCUCAUACCCCUGCUCCACAAUGUCCCAGCCCAGCCCUCCAGGAACCCUCCCCCAAACUGCCACUCCACCUCUGUGCCUAUCCUACUGCGCGAGGCUCCACUAGGCCCCUCCCCCCCGUCCCCUGGCUGACCCUGGUGACCUGUGCCUGCCUGCUGCCCGCCCUGCUGGGGCGCGUCCCGGGCGCGAGCGCGGGCGAGACCUGGGGCAUGGUGUCGGCCUGCCCUUUCCACUGUGUGUGCCGAAACCUGUCCGAAUCGCUCAGCACCCUCUGCGCCGACAAGGGCCUCCUCUUCGUGCCGCCCAACGUGGACCGGCGCACCGUGGAGCUGCGGCUGGCCGACAACUUCAUCCGCGAGGUGGGCGGCGACGACUUCGCCAACAUGACGGGCCUGGUGGACCUGACGCUCUCCCGCAACACCAUCCACGCCAUCCGGCCGCUGGCCUUCUCCGACCUGGAGAGCCUUCGCUCGCUCCACCUGGACGGCAACCGGCUGACCACCGUGGGCCCCCGGGACCUGGCCGGGCUCCUCAACCUGCAGCACCUCAUCGUCAACAACAACCAGCUGACCAACGUGUCGGCCGAGGCCUUCGACGACUUCCUGUUGACCCUGGAGGACCUGGACCUCUCUUACAACAACCUGCGCAAGGUCCCGUGGGAGGCCAUCCAGAACAUGGCCAGCCUCCACACGCUCAACCUGGACCACAACCUCAUCGACCACAUCAUGGACGGCGCCUUCGGGGAGCUCUACAAGCUGGCCCGCCUGGACAUGACCUCCAACCGGCUGCAGACGCUGCCGCCCGACCCGCUGUUCGCUCGCUCGCAGACGGGCGUGGUCAGCCCCACCCCCUACAACGCGGUGACCAGCCUGAACUUCGGCGGGAACCCGCUGCACUGCAACUGCGAGCUGCUGUGGCUGCGGCGGCUGGUGCGCAGCGACGACAUGGAGACGUGCGCCACGCCCGCGCACCUGGCCGGCCGCUACUUCUGGUCCAUCCCUGAGGAGGAGUUCACCUGCGAGCCGCCGCUCAUCACCCGCCACACCCACAAGCUGUGGGUGCUGGAGGGCCAGCGGGCCACACUCAAGUGCCGCGCCAUCGGCGACCCCGAGCCCGUCAUCCACUGGGUGUCCCCGGACGACCGCAUCAUGGCCAACACCAGCCGGACGGCGUCCUACCGCAACGGGACGCUGGACCUUCUGGUGACGCGCGCCCGGGACGACGGCGCCUACACCUGCAUCGCCAUCAACGCGGCCGGGGAGGCCACCGCCCUGGUGGACCUCAAGAUCAUCCCUCUGCCGCACCGGGGCAACGGGACCGUCUCGCUCGUCAACAGCCGGGACCCGGGGUCCUCCGACAUCACCACCGGGAAGACCGGGGGCAGCGGGACCGCAGGCGGGACCGGUGGGACGGGUGGGGGCGUGGCCCCGGCUCCGGCAGAUGGGGACAGCGGGGCGGCAGAGGAAGCACAGGAAGAGCAGCAGGAGGAGGAGGAGGAGGAGGAAGAGGACGAGGAGAACGCAGGGGAGGGCAGGAGGGGAAGCGCAGAGCACAGGGUGGGGGUGCAGGGCGUGACGUCCACCUCAGCGCAGGUACGCUGGGACCUGGGCAGGGCUUCGGGGGCCUACCUGGUGUGGAUGUACCAGAUUCAAUACAACUGCACUGCCGACGAGACACUGGUCUACAGAAUCCUGCCGUCCACCAGCAACAGCUUCCUGCUGAAGAACCUGGUGUCGGGCGUGGACUACAGCCUGUGCGUUCUGGCCAUCUUUGACGACACCGUCACCUCGCUGGCCGCCACCAAGGUCCUGGGCUGCGCCCAGUUCAGCACCAAGGACGACUACCCAGAAUGCCGCUCGCUGCACGCUCAUUUCCUGGGCGGCACCCUGACCAUCAUGGUGGGCGGGGUGGUGGUGGUGACGCUGCUGGUGUUCACCGUCACCAUGAUGGUCCGCCAUCGGGUCUGCAGCACCGCCGGUGAUGGGUGUGACGACAACGACGAAGGUGGCCUCCCCGGCUCCUCUUCCUCAGCGCUGGCAAAGGGCACCAACGUGUACUCUCAGACCAACGGGAGCGGGGGCGUCAUGAUGGUGGUAGUGCCCAACGGGAUUCUGCCCCAGCAGAGGGGGGGAGGGCGAGGGGGCGGUGGAGCACCUUCACGAGCCAAGCCCAAAACCCUCCCCAAGCCCAAAGUGAACCUGGAUCUGUACAGAGCAGCGGGGGGGAGUGGUUCCGCCCUGACGGUGGCUGUUUCGGAAAAGCAGCUCCCCCCGUACACCCCUGAGACUGAGAGAAUGGCCCUGUACUACACCCCUUCGGGUGUGUCCUCCACGUUGCCCCGUCAGGUAAAACUACGGCACGUCAGGGACAGGGACAGGGGCCUGGACCCCAGGACCCCCCCGCUGCGCGGGUACGGGGAGGAGGUAACAGAGUGGCGGUCCAGCGUGGGAGGGGGCGUGGUGGUCAAGCGGGGCGGAGGGGGCCGCUGGAACUCCUCCCACGCCUACCAGAGCCCGCCCCCCCACGGCCCCAACCCCAGGCACCUGCGAGCCAAGCGCAGUUCCUCCUUCGACAUGGGCGAGAUCGCCACGACCACCUGCUACAGCUACGCCAAGCGGCUGAGCGUGAUCUGGACGCGGCGCAGCCAGUCGCUGCACGGCAUGCUGGUCCAGUGCGCCUCCGCCACCAGCGCCUCCGCCGCCGGCAGCGACGACUGCCACGCGCAGCACGCCCGGAGGUACCUGCACGCCUACAACACCACCAACUCCAACUCCAACCCCAACCCCGCUACGCCGGCCAACACUGAGGAGCUGGAGGAAAGCGUGGUGUAGAAGGGGCAGAUGAAUGGAGGAGAGCGUAGAGGAAUGAGCAGGGAGGGGAAGAGAAGAGAGGUGACGAAAAAGAGGACCUAUCUGGGCGGGUAGAGCCCAGGAUAAAGCGCAUACUGUAUGGAUCUGUAUGAUGCCUUUUCAAUGGUCUGCUGAUGUGAGGUUAAAGGUGGAACACAGCCAGAAUGAGCGAGAACACUGGAGGAAGAGAAGGAAGAAAAGCACAGGCUGAAUGUGUAAACUUGAGAGACACACAAAGAUAGAACUGGAAUGAUAAAAAUAGAUGGGAGACCAUAUAAAUAAGUAUUUCAUGAAUCCAGUGACCGCAGCAGAUGCUUGGGGCAAAACAACCAGAGCUUAAACUACCACUAUUGUGAACAACAGACACAAACAAAGAUAAAGGAAGGACCUUCAGAAAAAAAGAAGAAAGGGAUCAGUGCCGAUGGGAUUUGCCGUAGGGUAGAUGUGCCAGCACAUUUUGGAGGAAAACCACGGGGAAUUAAAUACCGGACCUGCUGAGUCAUCACCGAUCAUUCAAAAGUCCAUCAAAUGAAUCUACUGGCUAGGAUAUUGCACACGCGUGUGUGGGACUUCCAACUGCAGAGAAAGGCAGUGCAGGGAAGUCUAGCUCUAGCGUUGGCUAAAAGGGAUGAGAUUCCCAGCAAAUUUGACAGCGGAAGAGUGGAUGAACGGAGAGGAUAUGUUGGAAAUGGAAGCCCGUGAUCAGCGAGAGAGCCGCAGUGGGGAGAGGAGAACGUGAAGAAGGUGGGAGCGGAUUGGAGGGGACGUGGGGACCGCUACAGCCAGCUUGUCUGGUGCAAAAAAGGAAACAGGAAGUAGGGACAGGAAAAUGUGUUUUCGAGGGAGAGCCGGCUGACAGGAAACCUACGGUCAAUCGCGACUGAAAGGAAAUGACAUGAGAAUGGGAAACGUCUGCCCUGAGGGUGGGAAUCGGAAAGAGUGAUGGGAGGCGAAAUCACUUCAUGUGCGUUGGGGUGGAAAGAGUAUUACAAUGUGACCUUUGAUGUAAGAGACGUGACGUCGGGAAUGUGGACGUUGAGCGGAUGAUUCAGGGUGAGGGAGCGUUUAGGGAGAACGGGUUCGUUUUUAGACGCCUUUCUCCCACCCAGACCUGGUGGGUGCUCAAACUGAGUCAUUACCCCCCAAUGCAAGGGUAAUCAUUCCGUGAUGUCACACCUGGAUGCUACCACCAUAGAGAGACACGACAUUCACAAACAGGCACGAGAGAGCAGACUUUGGAGAUACUUUACUUUAGGUUGUCCUGUGUAGCAUACAUGAUACGACAUCAUGUCUACAACCAUUCACAGAUGUGUGUAUAACUGCUGACAGGCAUAGAGCGUCAAGUGUUCUAUGGAAGAUGUAAUAAGCUGCUUUGAAUGUUUAUGUACAGGUUCAAAGCAGUGAUGUUGUUUUAAGCACGUCUAUUGAAAGUAAAGUACACCCUGAAGUAAAGUGCUAUUUCGAUUUCUUUCAUGAUAUUUUAUAAUAUAUUAUAUGAAAUAAUGGGCACCAAAAAUCCAAAUUUCCCCCCAAAAAUGAAAACACAAAUAAAUAUAUUCUUAAUAAAGAAGAACAGAGGCGAUGCACACUUGAAACAUUACAGAUGAAAAAAAACUUGAUGAAAAAUGAACUUUUGAUGGAUGACAUAAAACAUGGAACUGUAAUAUGUUGUUGCCAUUAAUAUUUUUUUUAAUGUUUUCAGAACUCACUAGAUAAUGAAGUGUGAUUUGUUUAGAUAAUCUUCAAUAAAGCAAUUAAUAUGAUUGUUAUUACUAUUAUUGAGGAGAGAUUGUGCACACAGUAUAGGAAAAGCCAGACAAAGAGAGGCCAAUAAUAUUAAUAAUCAUCCUAAUAAUUACGUUUUGUUUUGAUCUUAUUUUGCCAAAGUAAAUAUUGUUACCUUGACUUGAUAUUCUAAUGAAUAUGACAACAUUCUAAAAAUGAUCAAUUAUCAAGGUGCAUUCAGUGUAAAAGCAUUAAAAGAUAAUGUACAUACA